AUGUCAAUCGAUUCUUCCGAUUCUUUACUCGAAUUAUCAAAUGAUUUCGAUCAACUUCUUAUUAAAGAGCAGAAUUACGAUGUAAUCAUUAAAGCAGGAGAUGAAAAUGAUGUUCAGGAAUUUCGUGUACAUGCACUCAUCCUAAUUACACGAUCACAAUAUUUUCGUACUGCUCUAUCAGAUAAUUGGGCACGAAAAGAUGGAAAUGUUACCAUUCUCGAAAAACCAAAUGUCUCACCAAAGAUAUUUCAAUUGCUAUUAAAGUAUUUAUAUACAGGAGUCAUCAACUUUGAUUCGUUAGAUGGAACUAUAGUCUUACAAGUAUUGAUUGCUGCUGAUGAAUUAUAUUUAGAUAGUCUUUUAAAUCGUGUCGAUAAUCACUUGAUUCGUAAACAUGCUGAAUUCUUAAGAAAGGAUCCCGGUCAAAUACUUCAAAUUAUUUUUAAAUAUGAACCUUGUUCAAAAUUUAGAGAUCUUUGUCUUAAAACAAUUAGUUUUCAUCUUGAUCCUAAUGAUGAAUCUAUUUCAAAAUCUUUACCACCAAGAUGUUUACAAAGUUUACCAUUAUUUAAUUCUUUAAUCAUUAAUCAAAAACAUUUUUCAAUUAUUACAAGUUGGAUAGAAAAACAAGAUUCAAAUUAUUUUGAAAAAAGAAAUCUUCCUUACUCUUUCUCACUUUUACUUCGUGCUUCUCGAGACGGUUUGUCAUCCGAUAAAUUUCAUAAUUUAUGUGAUAAUAAAGGUCCUAUCUUGAUUAUUACAAAAACUCGUCAAAAUGGUCAAAUAAUUGGUGGUUAUUGUCCGAUUGAUUUUAAACCUGGUUUAAAUGUACGCCAUAAUGAAAGUUGGUUGGCUUCACAGGAUAGCUUUAUAUUCUCCUUUCCUAAUAAUUCUAAUUCUAAUCAUCUUUUUCGAGUUGUGGAUUCUCAAAAAGCUAUUUAUUAUAAUCCAACCACUUGCAUAGGAUUUGGUCUUCAAGAUAUUUUGCUUAAUAACAAUCAAAUACGCAGUCUUAGUGAUUCUUCUUAUUCAAGAGUUACAAAUGUUUUACGAGGUACUCAUAAUUUAGAGGAUUAUGAAGUUUUCCAAGUAAUCAAGAAAUUGUGA